AAGGCUACUUAGGAAACACGCACUGUACAGAGAACCUGCAGAUUUCAGUCGCUGAAGAAGAACUAACGGGCUGAGGGUACACACACACACACAUUUCAGUGUUUGAAGAGGUGGGGCAACAACCCCAACCCCACUGUGGCGUCUCUCACAAUGUCACUCAUACCAGCACUAUCCAGGUGCCCAGGGCCCUGGUGGACUAGAAGACUCCAUAACCUCCAUGGCGGCCCUCUGGUUGUGCAGAGCGCCUCUAAAAUGACAACCAGGUCGGCAUCAGAGUUGGCGCUGCCAUCCUCAAUAAUGCGUAGGCCUGCUGCCCCCACGCUUCAAAGCCUCGCCAAGCUCGUCGGCGUUCCACAGAAGAAGGUUGUUCAGGUGCCUGUAAAGAGGUUUUUGGUAGCUGGCUGGCCAGUGGAAGUCCCAGGACGCUUUCUCCACCUUGAGCCGAGAGCGUUUGGUGACGGUGUCCGCGCACGAGGGCUGCGGGCCUUCUCCUCGUCUGCAAAGCUGUGCGCGACUCCUCCAGGCUGCACCUGCGGGAAGCUGAAUGCAACCCCAGACGGCCAAAGCGAUAAAUGCCCAGUCCAUGUUUCACGAAGAGCUGUACCUGCUGGCCUGGAAGAGGCUCAGCUUGCUAUGGGUGUUUGGACAGUUGGAUUGGGAGCAAUCGGUGCAGCGGUCAUCGGAAUCAUCCUCGCCAACACUGACAUUCUGGUGGCCAACACGGCGAUGGCUUCUUUGGAAUACCUGGAGGAUGCCGAUCUGAAGAGCACCACAGAUGACUCUCCAAGCUUCAAGGCUAAAAAUCUGUGGGAGAAGUCUGGUGCGGUGAUCAUGGCAGUUCGGCGGCCUGGAUGAUUUUUGUGCAGAGAGGAGGCUUCUGAGCUGUCCUCUCUGAAGCCCCAGCUUGAGGAGCUUGGGGUCCCUCUCUAUGCCGUUGUGAAGGAGAACAUCGACACAGAGAUCCAGGACUUCAGACCGCACUUCGCUGGGGACAUCUAUCUGGAUGAGAAGAAAUCGUUCUAUGGUCAGGAGCCGAGGAGUAUGGGUGGGAUGGGCAUGUUGCGUUGGGGAGUGUUGCAGAACUUCAAGCGAGCCUGGAGUGCAGGUUACAAGGGCAACAUGAAGGGAGAGGGCUUCAUCUUGGGUGGAGUGUACGUCAUAGGAUCAGGAAAGCAGGGCAUACUUCUUGAACACCAGGAGAAGGAGUUUGGGGAUAAGGUCGACAUUGCUUCUGUCUUAGAGGCAGCUAAGAAAGUUGUGGUUGAGAAAUAGAGUAAAGUAUGGACCCCAGGAAUACCUAGUACUGUAUGAACAAAAAACAAGAUAUCUAGGAUGAACACAGUUAGUUAUGUGGACCUGUUUGAUGAAGGAAAGUUUUCUUAUCUGAUUUUGGAGGGAAAAUGUACACUCAGCGACACAUGUAUGCACAUUAUUUAAUCUUAACAUGGUGUCUACCUCCAUGUUUAAGUCCUAGUUAUGGAGCCAAAGGGAUCACUGUGUCAUCUCCAACUGCCCUUGUAUGUUAUAACAUGCACUUACAGUACUACUGAGGUAUUGUUAAGUAAAGGACGUCAAUCAUGCAGUUUGUCACCCAUUGCCGUUUCCCUUCAGGCUUAAAUGGCAAUUGGUGACACGACCACAUGAUUUGUUGUCCCGUUUAGACUUAAACUGCAUUUUAUGAGCCAAUCUCAAGCAUCUGCUGUUUCCUCCAUGGACCUGCACUCCUGGGCGACUGCGCUGCUGCCACUGCUUGCUGUCGGGCCUCGCCCAGCUGUGUGAUAAUGAUAGCUUGCCCGGAAACUCCAGCAGGAGGGGGCAGGCUUGAGAACCGACACAGCUGGGCACUUCUCAGCACGCAGGCAGGUGCCAGCGCAGUUGCCAGGGCUGUGGCAGGUGUGUAUGUGAUCACUACUGCUCAACGAUAAAUAAAAACAAACCUCAGUAAA